CCUCUCUCUCACACACACACACACACACACACACACACACUGACACUCACAUCUGGAAUAGUAACUGCAGAGGAAAGAAGCAGCACAACUCUUCACUUUUUCCUCCUCGGAAACUUUACUUAGUUUCAGCUGUUUUUUUUUUUUUUUAAUUUACUAUCUGUUUGACAAUGUUGCUCGUCCUGUUGGGAGUGCUCAUCUUGCACCUCAUCAUCCUAAUUUUUCUCAUCGUCUCCACGGCAGCCAGCACCUGGUCUGUAGAUGCCGGUAGGUCGACAUAUCUGUGGACCAAUUGUGCGACAAUUAAUGGAGGCUACCGCUGUGUGUCGGCUGGAAAUGAAGACUGGAUCCAGGCAGUUCAGGCCCUCAUGAUCCUGGCUGUGCUCUUCUGCUUCUUCUCCCUCAUUGCCUUCAUGUAUCAGCUGUUCCGCCUGGUCAAGGAUGGGCGCUUCUUCUUCACAGCCAUCUUCCAGAUCUUGGCUAGUCUGUUUGUGAUGUGCGCCGCAAUCAUCUACACCGUGAUGAAGCCGGACGACAGCCCACAAAUGUCUUACGGCUACGCGUACGUGCUGGCCUGGGUGGCGUUCCCCCUCUGUCUCAUCAGCGGCCUCAUUUACAUCAUCAUGAGAAAGAAAGAAUGAGAAGAGGCGCAGAGGAGGAACGAGGAGGAGCCGCUUGGCGACGCCUCCGCGCCACAUCGCACUGUGCCUACUGCCCACAGACCGGAGAUGGACAUCCAACCAGGCAACAAAAGUGCACAUGUCACUCACUAACAGCGAGGACAUACUCCUUACUGCUGGGAACUUUUUGGUGGGGGGCUGAAAAUACCUGUUUGCUUUCUGACUUUUAACAGCGUGCACGUGACGCGUCACAGCGGUGAUGGUGUGUCUUCGCAACGUUUGUUGGUGACAUGUUGAUUUUUGUUGCAUGCCGGCGUUCCGCUUCCACAAACCCAUCAUGUGACAACCAACCAUCCUGUCUCGCUUCAGUCCUCAGAUGUACAGUGUCUGUGGUUUUUAGACAUAUUUAUAAUGUUUUUGUUUGUUUGUUUUUGUACAUAGUGUUCUUCUGCUCAUUAACAUUAUUGUUUGUCACUCACAUGUCAUGCAGCUGUGCCAAAGAAAUGCUUAACUGCUUUUGUUUUGUUUUUUUUUGCAAGGGGUGUGUGUGUGUUUGUGUGUGUGUGGCGGGGGUUUGGGUGGGUGGGUGGGGGGGGGGUGAAUGAAUGUGUUAAAUAACUUAGCCAGCGUACUUUUACUUACAUACGCAUUCUUCUUGAAGGAAUUGAGAAAAUCCUCCAAAAUAAUAAAAGUACUAAUGAAGUUUGGUUUUUUUUGUUGUUGUUGUUGUUGUUGUUUAGGUUUUUUAUUUUGUUUUUGUUUUUUUGUUUGUUUGUUUUUUUUAAUUAUUGUCAUACUUGAUAUCCCAAAAAUAAAUUUCGCAUUUCAUCUAGUUUUAAAGAAAUGGUGCUUUUACUUGUUCUCUCUCUAUUUAAUAAAACAAACAUCUAUUCUUAAAAUGUAUAGCCUUUACUUUGUACUGUCUAAUGUCCUGUGUUUCAUUUGUACAAUCCUAAGUUUGCGUUUGCGUUCCUACCAGUAUUCUUCGAAAUAAACUUGUUCAAAUAAACUUUUUGUCACUUUUGAAAAGUUUAGUUUUAACUCGGAAAUGGUUGACUGCAGUAGCUCAGCCGCACCACGCGGUGGUGCUGUGACGCAGCAUGAGCGCUCUGGCAGUUUUGCACGUGGUUUCACACCAUAAAAUUCACCUUCUUCAAGUUUCUGUCUAUGCAGCCAAUGAAAUGGUUUUAUAGACACUAAAAUUAAUAGACUUUCAGAAAGCUGAUCAUUCAGUGGGUAAUUAAAACACAUUCAUAAGGAUGUUUUCUUGGUAUAUAUUAGUGACAUCACAUCCAUAGGGGCCUUCACAGCAGUUUAAUAGUUUGCCUUUUUUUUCUCCAUGGAUCUUAUAUACAUUUCUUAAUUUUACAUAUUUCAUGUCACUUUGUAGUUGGAUGUGCAGCUUCCUGUUUGUCUGCACUUUUAUUUGGACAAAUUUCAACAUCUUUCUGUCUAACUGAAGUCAUUACAGUUUGUGCUUUGUAAAAUGUGCUGACAACGGUCUGUUGACUGAAAUGUGCAUAGUUUUUAAUGAUUUGUUUAACCUUUUUUUGUAUGCUCAAUAAAAUUUACAUAUGUAA